UAUAUUUUGAAAAGCAUUCGAUAACAGGAGUCUUUAGAACGGUUUCUCCCGAGGAAUGAGACGGAUUCCAGGGAUUCUCUCUCAUUUUCAACUCAAAUCCUCUAUAAAUUUGCUUCUCUGACUCAGAUUUUCUCUCUCUUCAUUUUCUGUCUCUACAAACCUCUUCUUAAACGCGUCUCUGUUUCUGUUUCUCUUUCUUAUCUUUCUCUUUCAUUCAUCACAAUGUUAUUUCUGUUUCCUGGUUUCUCUCCUAUUUCAUUGAAAGAUUGUUAUUCUGUUUGCUUUCUUUGAUUCCAAUUAUGGUUUUUUCCUCUUCUUUGUUGCUUCGUUUGGUUAAUUGAUUCUCUCUCUAUAUUCCCCUGCUCCUUCUAUCCUCUUUCCUCUGCCCUUAUUUGUUGGCUUCUCUCAAGAAAAAAACACAUUGGUUUUUUUCUCUCUUCGCUCUUCAUCAACCCAUCUCUCUUCUCUUCUUCCCCCUGGACAUGGGUCUCCAGUCCUUCCUUAAACGCAGCAAGAAGCCCCAAUCUGAGCCAAACUCGCCGCCGUCUCAGAAACCCACCACCCCAAUCAAGCGCCUUCUCCGCCUCUACUCAGACCGAGCCACCCGCUCCUCAUCGAGUCCACCUGCGCCCAUGCCAUCGAACCCACUCUCGCACCACCUUGCCCUUGAACUCGGGCAUGUCUUUAACCGCUUUGACGCCAAUGGAGAUGGCAAGAUCUCGUGGUCGGAACUCGGCUCAAUCCUAGCGAGUCUUGGUGAAACCGCCUCCGAAGCAGAGCUCCAGCGCAUGAUUCUCGAGGCGGACUCGGAUGGUGAUGGUUUCAUUGAUUUACAGGAGUUUAUUGAUUUGAACACCAAGGGGGUUGAUCGUGCGGCUGAGAUUGAGGACUUGAAGGGGGCCUUCAUGAUCUUUGAUCUGGACCGUAACGGGUCGAUAUCGACGGACGAGCUUCACCGGGUGUUGAGGAGCUUAGGGGAGAGUAGCAGCAUGGACGAGUGCCGGAGGAUGAUCGAGGGUGUGGAUUGUGACGGUGAUGGGAUGAUUAGUUUUGAGGAGUUCAAACUGAUGAUGAUGAGGGGAAGGCAUCAGAGAGAAAGUGGCAUGGUUGCGAUUGAGACUGCAAUUGAGGUUUGAUUUGUUUUCUUUCUUAUUUUCUCUACUCUCUGUAAAUAUUUGAAUGGAUUAGAGUCCCAAUGGCUUUAAUUAGUGGGAAGUUGAAAGCAUUUAGUUAUUUUUAUGAGGUUUUUUGAAGAGUUGUUUUAUUUAGAGGUACGAUGGGAUGGUAUGCAAUGAGAUCAUUUAUUUUUAGUACAAAAA